AUGCCUGAGAGCCUUUUCCACAUGGCGUACAAUAUCACUGGUGCCAAUCCCAAGUUCUUGGAUCCGACACAGCGGGCUAAAACCGGAGACUUUCGAGACGCAUUUGCUCGUGAAGCAUCCAGGCGUCGGAAUGAGGCGCGGACAAGUAAAGGUCCAGUUCUGAAUGGAAGAAAAGUCCGUACCAAGUCAUAUAACGAGCGAAAACGCUUUUCAUGGAUUCCACACUUUCGUCGUACCACAGGCGACGAAGAACGCCCGAGAGAUAAGCUGAACAAGCAGUUCGAUGAGGAUUUCUUGGCCCGGAUCCAUCACAUUUACUCGUGCUGGCUAAAGAAGCAUAUUGACGCUGAGAAAUGCGGGUUCUGCGAUGCAGAGACGGGCGAGAUCCUGACCGCUGGCUCCUGGCCUUCUGUUUUGUAUAAAGCAAGGGCAUGCGGUACUUGCAUCACCGUUAUGGUUGUACUCUAUACACAACUGAUGGUGUCUCCUGGACUGAAUCAGGAAACUGAGCCAUACUUUAUCGAGCCAGAUACCGAUACAAGGACAUGGGUGAAGGUUUCAAAAAGGUUCAUGGACGUGGAAACCUUGGAAGCGUUUAAUCUACCAUGGGCAGAGGACACCAAGGACUCGACAAUGCUCAUAAUCAAGACCUACUUAGAUGUCGAUUUUACUGAAGUUUUGUUCGAGCACACCCGGAGGUCUCGAAGAAUGAGACUAGAAGAUGAAGUUCGUGAGUUGCCAGAGAAUGAUCGUGAAGAUGGGAAAUCUGUUAAUCAAAGUGGACCUGCUUGGCAUUGGCCUGGUUGCUACGAAAAGGACCCUGCCGAUGAGCUGAGAAGGGCCGAAGGGGAAAUGUUCUGGACUCCAAACCCAUUUCUGCUAGAUGGUUUGUUUUCAGAGAUUGACAACUACGAGAGCCCUGAUUCAACUCAUGAUGCUUCGGGUGCUUCGACCAAGUCCCCUAGCUGUCUACGGAUAGCCGAGCUCAAACAACUAUCCCGCCGUACCUAUCGUGGCCACUAG